AUGGCUAUCCACACAGAAGGUGUAUUUCCGCGGUCAACACUGGCGUCUGAGAAGCCCUCAGUCGAGAUCGUGGAGACUAUCAAGCCCAUUGAGCUCAAGACGGUCACCGAUCUGCUUCUGAAGCGCGUUAGAGAGGCACCAGAUGUCGAUGUCCUAGCCUACCCGGCGACGGCGCGCGGCAGAGACGACUUUGUCAAUUACACAGCCAAAGACCUGGAUCGGUUCGCCGAUGAAGCGGCGCGCAAGUAUGCGCAGGCCGGUCUCCUCCCGGAGAACCCUUCAUCAAGCCAAGCAGAGGUUGUGGCCCUCCUAGCAAACUCAGACAUGAACUAUGUCGUCUCCAUGUUCGCCCUUUCAAGGAUGGGCUUCGCCGUGCUCUAUCUCUCAACACGUCUCUCACCUGAAGCCUACGCCAACCUCCUGAAGAAGACACACUGCAACAGGGUCGUCAUCGCGGAGCGGUAUAGCGAUAUGGCCGCCCAGAUCAACGCGGAGUCGCCCAUCACCACUUUCAACAUCCUCGACAAGGCCGACUACGACCUCCCGAGCCCCUCGGGCGACCGCUUCCCCGUCUUCACGCAUCCCGACUCCGGCAAGCGCAUCUCCUUCAUCGUGCACUCGUCCGGCUCGACCGGUCUCCCAAAGCCCAUCUUUCAGACGCACGCGGCUUGCAUCUCCAACUACUCCAGCGGCAUCCCCUACCGUGCGUUCCUUACCCUGCCGCUAUUCCAUAACCAUGGGAUUUCGACGCUGUUCCGUGCUAUUGUCGCCGGGCACAGGAUCGCCAUCUAUAAUGCCAACCUGCCCCUUUCCGGUACCAGCUUGGUCAAGGCCAUGAGCGCGACGGAACCUGGUAGCUUGCACUGUGUGCCAUAUGCUCUCAAGCUUCUUGCAGAGACCGAGGGAGGAAUCGAGGCGCUGCAGAGACUCAAGCUUGUGCUGUACGGUGGCAGCAGUUGCCCCGACGAUUUGGGUGACCGACUCGUUGAGGCAGGCGUCUAUCUCGUCGGACACUACGGAGCUACCGAGAUGGGCCAGCUUAUGACCUCGUUCCGUGAGCCCGGGGACAAGUACUGGAACUACAUGCGGCCAUUAGCCUCGGCAAAGCCCUGGCUGCGAAUGAUCCCCAUUGCCGGCGACGUCCACGAGUGCGUUGUCCUCGACGGGCUUCCCUCAAAGGUCAUGUCCAACUCGGACGAUCCAGCUCCCAAUUCCUACCGCACACGCGACACUUUCGUUCCUCAUCCCACCAUCCCUGACGCCUGGAGGUACCUUGGUCGUCUCGACGACCGCGUAACCCUCGUGAACGGCGAGAAGGUUCUUCCUAUCCCUUACGAGAAUCACAUCCGGGAGCACGAACUCGUUCAAGAAGUCGUCGUCUUUGGCGUCGGCAAGUCCAUCCCCGGGCUCGUCAUCAUCCCCAGCGAGAAUUCAAAGGACCUGUCAAAGGAGGAGAUCCUCAAGACUCUGAGCCCCGUCAUCGAAGAGGCCAACUCUCGAGCCGAGGCAUUUGGCCGCGUCUCCACAGAGAUGAUUGAAGUGGCAGAUAUCGGUACGGAGUACCCUCGCACCGACAAGGGCACCGUUAUCCGGGCCGCCUUUUACAAACAAUUUGCAGAACUCAUCGAGGACGUCUACAGACGCUUCGAGGCGCCCAAGGACGACGUCGCCGGCGGCGAGCUCCUGGCCCUCGACCUGCCGCAGCUUGAGGAUCACCUCCUCGAACUCUUCCGCUCGAAAUUGGGCUUCGCAAAGGUCGAAAAGGACACCGACUUCUUCGAGGCCGGCGUCGACAGUCUCCAGGCCAGCACCGCGCGGGGCCACAUCCAGCGCGGCGUCAAUCUCGGCGGCAAGAUCCUCGGGCAAAACGUCGUCUUCGAGUAUCCCAACGUCCUCUCCCUGUCAAAACAUGUCUACGCGCUCCGCACGGGCGAGUCCGUGGACGCCGAGGACGAGAUUGACCUGAUGAAGAAGCUCAUUGCAAAGUACUCCGCCUUCAACGAGAGGAAGCCCGGAACAAUCACCCCCGAGGGCGAAACCGUCGUGCUGACCGGCGCGACGGGCUCCCUGGGCGCACACCUCCUCGCGCAAGUCGUCCGUCAACCCUACGUCAAGGCCGUCUACUGCCUCGCCCGCGCCUCGUCGCCCGAGGAAGCCGAGUCCCGCGUCCUCGCCUCCCUGCGCUCCAAGGGUCUCAGCCUCUCCGACAGCGACCGGGCCAAGGUCAAAUACCUCCCCACCAACCUGGGCCUCCCAGACCUAGGCCUCGCCGAGGUCGCCGCCGCGGAGCUCCGCAGGUCCCUGACGACCGUGAUCCACUCGGCCUGGGCCGUCAACUUCAACCUCGGCGUCGCGAGCUUCGAGGCACAGCACAUCCGCGGCGUGCACAACCUGCUCAACCUCUGCCUCGGCACCGAGACGGUCGCGCCCGCGCGGCUCUUUUUCUGCUCGUCCGUCUCGGCGGCGGCGGGCACGCCGAUCCCGGCGCGGGUCAGGGAGACGUACGUGGAGGACCUGGCGCACGCGCAGAACAUGGGCUACGCGCGGUCCAAGGUCGUCACGGAGCACGUCAUCAAGGCUGCGGCGACGAAGACGGGCAUGACGGCGAGGGUGCUGCGGCUGGGUCAAAUUGUGGGGGAUUCAGAGGGCGGCGUGUGGAAUCAGACAGAGGCUAUUCCCUUGAUGAUCCGCAGCGCAAAGGUGAUUAAGGCGCUGCCUGCUCUGGAAGAGACGCCCUCGUGGAUGCCAGCAGACAAGAUGGCCCUUGCAGUGCUCGAGCUCGCGCGCCUCACCGGCCCCCGUUGCACAUCCUGCGGCGCACCGCCGUCGUCUCCUGACAACGCGGACCUGGAUCUUGUAUACCAGGUUCAGAACCCGCGCCUGUUCCACUGGACGUUUGAGUUGUUGCGCGCCCUCCGCGACGCGGGCCUCGAGUUCCAGAUCGUCUCGCAGCGCGAGUGGGUGCGCCGCCUGCGCGAGUCCGACCCGGACCCGGAGCGGAACCCGACGUACAAGCUCCUGGGCUUCUUCGAGGACAAGUACGACAACGACAGGCCGGGCCGUCAGGGCCUGGUGUUCGAGACGGAGAGGACGGGGCGGAGGAGCCCGGCCGUCGGCGAUGGGUGGGAUGUCGUUGGCAGCGGGCUUGUUGAGAGGAUGGUGAGGUGGAUGGAAACGCAGUGGUGA